AAAUUUACUCCCCCAAAGAUGAAAGAUUCCAAGAUACAGAUUACCCCUCCUCCUCUAUUAAGUGAAAACACACACACACACACACACACACACACUGUGAGAAACAAGAAUUUGCUGGGGAUCGAGUAGAGGCGGCUGCUUUUUUUAUCCACAGAAUAAUUACAAAAGUUUAUUUUAUUUUCUCUCUCUAGAAAACAACAAAGAAAAGGGAGAGAGAGAGAGAGAGAAAGAGAGAUUUCCGUUUGUUUACCGAAAAUGGGGAGAAAGAAGCUGGAGAUCAAGCGAAUCGAGGAUAACAGUGCGAGAAUGGUUUGUUUUUCCAAGAGAAGAAAUGGUCUGAUUAAGAAAGCCAAGGAGUUAUCUGUUCUUUGCGAUGUCGACGUGGCUGCCAUUAUCUUCUCCAAGAGGGGAAAGCUUUAUCAGUAUUGUAGCGCCGAUAGCAUAUCGCAGGUCCUGCAAGAAUAUAAAAGUCGAAUCGAGAGUGAGAAUGAUGGUUGCGAUACAGAGGAUCUGUACUCCAAAAACGGUGAUUAUCUUACAUAUGGUGAGCUUCUCAAAACUGUUGGAAGUGAACUUAAGGAGCCACGUGUUGAGAAGCUAAGUGUGGCGGACCUUGGUCUCAUGCAGAAACAACUUGAGACUGCAUUAAUGGAGAUACGUUUGACUAAGACAAAAAUGAUGACGGAUGCUCAGUCAAGCCUUCAGGAAAAGGAAAAGAUGCUGGAAGAAGAAAAAAAGAAUUUCAACGAGAUUGUUGAAGGCAAUAAGUGUGCUAAGAAAAAGAAGGUGGUGAUAGAUCUCAACAUUGCCGCAGACGGCUAAACGACAAAUAGAAGCAUACAACACCGGACGGACCUCCUUCAAACUUUUAUGUGUAAAAUAAAAAUAAAUAAUCUGCAGAAUCAUAAAAAUGCAUGCAGGUAUAAAUAAAAGCUGCUAGAGGAAUAUAUACCUCUUUAUUGUGAGCGAGGCACUCGUUGCAUGGUGUAAGCUGCUUGAACCCUCUUCUGUAUCACCGUUAAAUAUUGCUCUGUUUUUACGCUUGAACAUAUAUGGAAAAUAUAUAUGCUUUGCUU